CAGUGCGAUCAUUAUUCUUCGUUCUGCGUUCAGGAACGUUGAUGCAGACCGAAAAUUUGAUGUCUCAAAUCAAAUCCUCCAUCAAAAAGGUCCGGACCCUACCUUAUUCAAAGCUGAAAGUUCGUACAAAGUCAAAAACAAAUGCAACGAUGAGUGGAGGCCUUUCAGAGAGUGUGAACCGUCCGUUUUCUAGCGGUGUUGUCGAAGGUUUUUAUGGACGUCCAUGGACUUUUGAGCAAAGGAAAGAGUUGUUUGUGAGAAUGAGGGUUCUUGGCAUGAGUACCUACUUAUAUGCCCCAAAAGAUGAUCUCAAGCACAGAGCAAAAUGGAGAGAGCUCUACAACUUAGAAGAGUCAGAAAAUCUGAGGAUGUUGAUCAGUUGUGCCAAAGAGAAUGGAGUCGCAUUCUACUAUGCACUAUCUCCGGGGCUGGAUAUUAUUUUUUCCAGUGCUAAAGAUGUGCAACUUCUCAAGAAGAAGAUGGAGCAGCUCCAAGGGCUAGGCUGUGAGGCCUUCUCACUUCUCUUUGAUGACAUCGACCCUGAGUUGAAGUUCCCUGAUGAAAAUAUCUUCAGCCACUUUGGUGACGCCCAGGUCAAGCUGACAAAUGAGAUGUACCAUCACCUCAAGUGUCCCAAAUUUCUUUUCUGCCCAACAGAAUACUGUGCCACUCGUGCGGUUCCAAAUGUAGAAACCUCGCAAUACCUUAGCAUUCUUGGGAACAAGCUGGAGUCCAAAAUUGACAUUAUGUGGACAGGUCCAAAGGUGAUCUCCCAACACAUUACUCCAGAGUCUAUUCAAACCUUAAGUCGCGUCUUGAAGAGAAAACCUGUCAUCUGGGAUAACAUCCAUGCCAACGAUUAUGACCAACGCCGUGUGUUUCUUGGGCCCUAUCAUGGUCGUCCUGUUGAACUUUACAAACACCUCAAUGGUAUCCUCACUAAUCCUAACUGCGAGUUUGAAAGCAAUUUUAUAGCCAUCCACACGCUUGCCACCUGGGUAAGGUGUGCAAAAGGAGAGAGUGCUGCUACUGUAGAUGAACCAAUGAACUUGGAUCCUGUUACAGACAAAGUCAAUGGAGAGCACAUGGAAGAAGAUCCAAUUGAUGCAACUAUUCCUGACAGCCCAGUUACUACUAACGCUAAGUCUGCUGAUGUCAAAGUUGAUGUCAAAGCUGAUGAGAUUGCUAAAGAGGAGUCACCAAUGGAGACUGACAAUGUUGUCAGCUUGCCAUAUGACCCUGAUCUGGCUUUAAAGGAGGCUGUUUUAGCAUGGUUGUUGGAAUUUCAGAAAGAAAAACACCCAUCCCCAUGUCCCUAUGCUAAAAGUGGUCCCUAUAGUGUGUCGACCACCCCUCCUGUCCAGAAGCAAGCACCCAUGUGCACAGGGACCAACACUACCAACUCUGUUUCACCUGUUUGCACCCCGUCAGCAUAUAGAACAGCCAAACAGAACAGCAGGAAGAGGAUGAAUAUUGCUCCCUCGUUAGAGAACAUUCGCAGCAUCAAAGAAGACAUCGAAUCACUGAUGGAUGUUGCUGAGGUGAAGCCUAACAUUAAGGUUAAAGUGUCUACUCCCCUCCAGGUCGAGGAUCUGAUGCUUCUAGUAGACUUGUUCUAUUUGCCAUACAAUCAUGGCAUCAAGGCAAGGCACUUCAUCACUGAAUUCAAGUGGCUCAAAGCUCAUGCUAUCAAUGAGGACAAUGAGGACUUCAAGGAGUUGACUGAGGAACAGCAAAAAACAAAGUUGACAGAGUGGAAAGCCAGGGCGGAGGAUUUCCAUCAGCAGUGCCAAGCAGUGUCAGACAUGUUUGUGCGUUUCUCCGAGACACCCAACCGUGCCCUGCUGUAUGAUAUCUACCCAUACUUGUGGGACAUCAAGGAGAGUAUCUCCUUGCUUGAUACCUUUGUCACUUGGCUGAAUUCAAAGAGCAGGUUGAAGAAACAGAGGCCCAAUUUCUAUCCAGAAGACCCUGAGCCUUGGGUGUUCAGAGGGGGCUUGUGUGGCGAAUUACAGAGACUUCUUCCUGUUGAUAGCAAUACAGAUAUGUACAGCAUCAGAGCACCUGAUGUCCCAACAACUUGUGUAUACACCAUUAGACCAUUCCAGCCCGAAGAUGAGAAAUCCAUGUAUGAAAUCUGCUUGUCCACCUGUGAUGAUGGAGAAGACGGGCAUGACUUGUUUUCCAAUGAACCUUCAAUGGCUGGUGACAGAUUUGUGGGUCCAUACAUCAGCAUAUGUCCUGAGCAUGUGUUUGUUGUGGAGGAUUCAGAGGGCGUGUGUGGUUAUGCAGUCUCCACACCAGAUGCAGCAACUUUCUACAACAUGUACAGACAAACCUGGUGCCCAGAGGUUAGGAAAAAGUAUACCCGACCCAGUGGAAAUUCUUCAGAUUGGACAUAUUCAGAGCAUAUAGCUGAUGAAUUCCAUAUACCCAAAGUAUUCCUUCCUGAUGAGCUUUACUCUAAACACAAAGCUAAAGUCAGAUUGGAUCUGCUUCCCCGGGCAAGAGAUCAUUUCCUUGCAAAGCGAUUGAUGAUGUGCGUGCUCUCUGCAUUGAAAUCCGAGGGAUGUACUAGUGUGUACAGCGAGAUCAAUGUGAAUAAUUCAGUCAUGUUGGAGCUUUACUGCAGAUUAGGUUUCUAUGAAGUCAUGUUGAAACAGGUCCCAGAGGACCAUCUUAUAUAUGGGAGGAACUUUUAAAUCACUCUACAUUCUCUAUAAUAUCUGUAGGGGAAACUCUACCUCCUUAUUCAUCCUUUUUAAAGGCAAAAAUAGGGAUAUCUCUUUUGAAGACAACAAUCUUUGUUUAAAAUUUCACAAUUCCAUCUUCUAUAAGCAAAAAAAAAUCUUUUUCUUAUAGACAGUUUUUGGUUUAUAAAUGUAUGCACGAUAUAUUUAGAGUGUGUAGAUGAAUAGUGUUAAUAAGGAAUAGACAAUUUUUCUUUUACUCAGAAAACCUAUCAUAUGCAUCACCCACAUGGUAAGAGCUUUUAAAAAGCAGCUGGAAAGAAAUAUGUAGAGCAAUAAAAAUGUCCCUCUGUUCCGGUUGGGAUCCAUAUCAUUUGGUUCCCAUUCGUUAGAAUUAGAAUUCAAUAAAUGACAGAUAUAUUGAAUAUGAUGAUUGUAUAAAGUAUUUAUAAAUAUUUUUAUGUGUUUGUAAAUAAAUAUGUGCAAUAUUA